AUGGCACACAUCAUCGUCAACUGCGUGGCAGACCGCACCUUCUGGGACGGAUACGAGAGUCUUCGUCAGAUCAAUUCGGAGGCCGUGAAGGAACUGGCCCGGCUCGGUCUCGCCAAUGGUGGUGGUGGUGGUGGUGGCGUGCGACCGCUGACGAUGCAUCAGCUCUCCUCUGGGGCUGUGCGUGUGUACGACGGCGGCGGGGACAGCGAUGUCUCGACACAGGUGCAACCAGCGACGGACGGGACCGAUGGCUAUGUCUUCAACAAGUGGGCCGCGGAACGAUUGCUGCGGAACCUCGCGGCGUCCGCGACGCCCGCGGGUCUUGGUCUGCAGCUGUACCUCCAUCGGCCUGCUUCUCUCCCCUCCUCCACCACAGACUCGUCGUCAUCGUCGGCCGUCGCCCAGGAUGUUCUACAGGAGCUGCUCCGAAUCACACUUGCUCUCGGCAGGCGCCCUGACUUCGCCGCGAUCGAUGGCCAAGUGGACGUUGUCCCCGUGGCAGACGUUGUCGGCGACUUCCUGCCAUCUGUCGUUGGCGCGGCCUCGGGGGCAGCACAGGUGGCAAAGCGGUCCGGGUGCUUCAGCACAGCGCGCGCGUCCGGGUUUAUGUCGAGACCAUUGCUGAGGCCAUAG